CACACACCACACACACAAUCCCCCGCGAGCUGGCCAAACAUCCCAGCCUUCUUUCGGCCCAGAAUCCCACACUCGAGCAAGAAAAAGCUGCUUGCUACCCACCCUCCCCCCCCCCAAUCCAUUUUCCCGCAGCCUAGUCGAUUUGGGCCAACCCGCAUCGACUACCGACGCCCAAAUUUCUGGAAGAGGGAGACAGAAGUG